AUGACGAUUAAACUUCUGCUUGUUGUUACAUUGGUUGUAGCAGUAAAAUGGUGUCACUUUUCGGAUCAAAUUGUUUGUGUAGAAGAGAAUGCCACAUGUCCUAUAAACACCUUUAUGUAUGUCUCUAGUGAUAAUAUUUUAUUGAAUGGUACCAACGCUAAUUAUUUUGAAACUUCACUAUUUUGUGAACACAGGGUUACCCUUUUAGUUUUUUAUAUACACCCAAUAUAUUCAAGUAAUUUAACUUUACGAUUUGACAAUACUCAUAACUACUAUCAUUUGACAAACAAAAGAAAUUCAAAACUUGUUAAAAAUACCAUUACCAAAAAUACACAAUGUGUUUUGUUUCCAAACUGUAAUAUAUGUACAACAACUCAGUGUACAGAAUGUGCAUUCGGGUAUUAUAUUUCUGGAAAUACAUGUUCAAAAUGCGAUUCAAAUUGUCUCACAUGUGUAGAUCUAGCAACAAAAUGUGUUUCAUGUCAAGAUGGUCUAUUUCUUAAUACUAAUACAUGUGGACAUUGUCCUUAUUGUGAUGAUUGUACUGGAAAUGAAUGCAACAAGUGUUCUUCUGGCUAUCAUAACACUUAUUUUAAAGAAUGUCAAAAAUGUGAAUUUCCUUGUUUAACAUGUACAAGUUCAACAAUAUACAAUUGUGACAGUUGCGUUACCAAUUACUAUGUAGACAAAAGAGAAUGCAAGUCAUGUGGUACAAAUUGCAAUUCAUCUUUUUGUUUUGAUAAUAUUGGAUGUACUAAAUGUAAUUAUGGAUUUUAUGUCGACAAUGGAGUUUGUAAUGCCUGUGAUCCAACUUGUAAAACGUGUCAACAAAGUUCACAACCAACAGCAUGUCUUUCAUGUUAUGAAGGUUAUUAUUUAACAAAUUCGGCACAAGAAAGUCAGUGUUUAAAAUGUGACUUAAAUUGUGCGAUAGACAAAUGUGUAAAUGACGUUGGGUGUACUCAAUGUUUAAAUGGGUUCUAUAUGUCUGCUUUAAAUACGUGUACUUUGUGUGAUUCAAAUUGUAAAACUUGUGAUUCAAUAAGCACGUUUUGCACAUCUUGUGUUACAAGAAAAUUUCUAAUGAAUGGAAAAUGUGUGAAUUGUGAUGAAAAUUGUGAUUUAAAUUUUUGUGUUGAAAAUAUAGGCUGUACAAAAUGUAAAGAAACUUAUAUAUUAACCACAGAUAACAAGUGCACAUGUCCCAAAAAUAAUUAUCAAAAUUUUUCUGGAUUGUGCGAUUCGUGUUAUAAUGGUAUAAGCAACUGUUUAUCUUGUUCAGUCACAAAUUCAGUUACUAAAUGUCACAAUUGUUAUCCUCCAUAUGAAGUAUUUAAUGGAAAUUGUAUUCAAUGUGAUUCACAAAAUUAUUUUUACAAAGGAAUUUGUAAAAUGAACGAAAAUGAAUGUAUAUCACAACUCACACAAGGUAAAUGCCAAAUUUGUUCAGAUGAAUCAUUUUUAAUUGAAAAUGAAUGUGUAUACAGAGAUGAUUCAACGUGUUUAUCAUCUUCAAAGAAAACAUGUGAAGAAUGCGAAAGUGGUAUUUCUUCAAAUGGGAAUUGUGGAGAACACCCCACGAAUUGUAAAUACAACAAAAAAACAAAACUGUACAACACUUGCUUGCAAUGUAAAAACAAUUUCUUUUUAACAUCAGAUAAUCGUUGUGAAUUAACGCAACACAGUGAAACCAUUAAAAUAAAAAAUAAUGUAAUUUUUCAAUGUGAUAAAAAUCAAUUUUUAGAUGAGAGUAAUACAUGUCAAAUGUGUUUUGAACCCUUGUUAGAAAAUUCAGAAAAGUGUAUUUUUUCUUUAACUAACAAAAUUUCAUUAAAAUGUAGUGAAAAACAGGUGUUAAAUUAUUUGAGUGGUCAGUGUGAAAAUAACAAUGUUUGUUUAAUUUAUUAUACAAGUGAUUGCACAUCAUGUCCUCCAAAUUAUGUUUUAGCUUCAAACAAAUGUUCCCAAUGUGAUAUUGAUGAUAAUUGUUUAAAAACCAACAAAUGUGUUUGUAUCUUAUGUUCUUCACAUUAUUUACUUCAAAAUGGUAAAUGUAUUGAAAGUUCUAUUUUCAAGUGUUUAAAAAGUGAUGGUAAAAGUUGUUUAGAAUGUGAACCCAAUUAUCUCAAGGUUACUUCGCAAAAUAUUGACAAUUUUGAACAGUUAUAUUGUUUACCCAUUCAUACCAAUGCUAAAUACAACGUUUAUUCAAAAACAACAAAUGAAACACAAAUUGUCGAAUGUUCAAAUGGGUUUUAUUUAUUCGACUCAAAAUGUGAAAUUAAAUUGGAAGAUAUAACAAAAAAACUAUUUUUGAACUAUAAUUACUCAAUUUUAGAAAAUGACAACCGAACCAACAACAAGAAAGACGAAAACAUUAAAAAUUGUGUGUUAAAAAGUACAAAAGGGUGUUUAAAAUGUGCACCAAAAUACUUUUUAGAUUCUCAAAAUGUUUGUAAACAAUGUGAAAAUGGUUGUGAAAAUUGCUUUAAUUCGACUCAUUGUCUAACCUGUAACUCUUCUUCAUUUUUAAAUUCGCAGUCAAUGUGUGAAGAAUCAAGUGCACUUGGUUUAAGGUGUAAUUUAGUAAUGCCACAAAACAAAGGGUGUGCGUUAUGUAAAGAUGGUUAUUAUCAACAAAAUUUAGAUUGUAGACAAUGCGACAAAACGUGUUCAACGUGUUUAAAUGAUAAAAUGUGCUUAUCUUGUAAAGAUGGAUAUUACCAAAUUUUAUCAGAAAGCGCGCUGUGCCAAGAUUAUACCACUUUAACUCAUUGUCUAAGAAAAACUAAAUUCGGAUGUGCAGAAUGUGAAGCAAAUUAUUUUAUCAAUUCAACUAACUUCAGGUGUGAUAAGUGUCCUGAAGGAUGCGAAGAAUGUUUAUCAAAAACUUUAUGUUUAUCUUGUUCAAAAAAUUAUAUUUUUUCAGACUUGACAUGUUUUCGUCUUCAAAGGGUUGAGUUUUGUCAAAGUGCAUCGGAUGGUGUAUGCACAUCUUGUAGUGAAAAUAAGGCAGUAUCCUCAGAUGGUUUAUCAUGUGAAGAGAAGUUAAAUCUUGCAAUUGUUAUUAGCUUACCAAUUAUUGCUACUAUUGUUAUUAUUAUAAUAGUUGUAGUGAGUGUAACAGCGUUUAUUAUUUUAAAUGAAAAACACAAGCAAAAAGAAAUGAAUAAAAACGUGUGUAUAUUUAACAUGAAACAUUCAAACGUUCAGUUUACCCCCAAAGGCGGUUCGAUCUGUUCCAAUAAAGACAUUUUGAUAUUCGACAAUGAAAAUAAUGAAAAUAAUGAAAUUGCCGUGUUGGAGGAAAAUCGUCAACUAAUAUGUAUUGGAAAUUGUGGGAAACAUAAAAUCAAAAUUCAAUUCACAACCAAAAACAGCUGUGAUGUAUAUGAAAUAAGAACUUCUCCCAAAAUAGUGUCACUUGACGUUAAUUUGGCCUGUGAAUUUGAAGUUUAUUUGACACCAAAUUUUACAUCAAAAAUAGAAGAUAAAAUCGCUUGUGUAAUACUGGAUCUAGAAGUGGGAAAACAAGAUGUAACAUACAUCCCAAUUCGAGCAUUUACUACAUCAUCAACUCGUCUUGACUACCACGAACUAAACGAAGAGAAGAAACUUGGAGAAGGGAGUUUUGGUAUUGUUUAUAAAGGGGAGUAUCGAGGUAAUGUCGUUGCAAUUAAAAAACUGAAACACAUUGAAGGAAGACAAGAAGAAAGUAUCAUUGAUGAUUUUGAGAAUGAAAUUAACAUGUUAGACAAAUUUAGAAGUGAAUAUAUCGUCUAUUUUUAUGGCGCCGUUUGCAUACCAAACAAAGUCUGUUUAGUCACCGAAUUUGCUCCAUAUGGGUCUUUGCAGGAUCUAAUGAAACAAAGGAAGAGUGAAGAAGUUGUUAUAAAAAUCCGCAUCAAAAUGAUGUUAGAUGCGGCAAAAGGUAUUUGUUAUUUACAUACAAAUGGGAUAUUACACAGAGACAUCAAACCAGACAACAUUCUUGUCUUUUCUCUUGACUUGAACACCAAAGUGAACGGUAAACUGACUGACUUUGGGAGUGCUAGAAACGUGAAUUUAAUAAUGACUAACAUGACUUUUACAAAAGGUAUUGGUACACCUAUUUACAUGGCGCCUGAAAUUUUACAACAAGAAAACUAUAGAGAAUGUGCUGAUAUAUACUCUUUUGCAAUAACAAUGUUUGAGGUAUUCGGAUGGUGCGAGGCUUACCCCAAAGAGAUGUUCAAAUUUCCUUGGAACAUUGCGGAAAUGGUCACUUCUGGGAAAAGGCUUGAGAAAAAAGAAAACAUGUCAGAUGAUCAAUACAAUUUAAUACAACAAUGUUGGAAACAUAAUUCUUCACAAAGAAUGAAUAUUGAAAAUGUGGUUGAGCAAUUACAAGAAAUGCUUAAUUAA